CUUCCUGGCCUGACAGCUGUCACUGUACGACGAGGUCAAGGGGAAAGAAGCAUGGCUGCCUUGAUUAGGGGGUCUCGCAAUUUAUUGCCGAGGUGGAAUAAACAUGUCGCCCCUACGUUCGGGCCGAGCCGGUCGAUGGCCUCCAAGACGCCGGUGGGCUUCAUUGGCCUGGGUAACAUGGGCAGACCCAUGGCCAAGAACCUCCUGAGAAACGGCUACCCUGUCAUCGCCACCGACGUCUUCCCAGAGUCCCGCAAGGAGCUGCAAGACCUGGGAGCACAGGUGUUUGACACCCCGGCGGAUGUGGCGGAGAAGGCGGACCGCAUCCUGACCAUGUUGCCCUCCAGCCCCAAUGUCAUCGAGGUGUACACAGGAGCCAACGGCAUCCUGAAGAAGGUGAAGAAGGGAACGCUGCUGAUCGACUCGUCCACCAUCGACCCCGCCGUGUCCAGGGAGAUGGCCGUCGCUGCAGAGAAGAUGGGCGCUGUGUUCAUGGACGCUCCCGUGUCUGGAGGUGUGGGGGCGGCCAGCCUGGCCAAGCUGACCUUUAUGGUUGGCGGGCCGAAGGAGGAGUACCAGGCGGCCCAGGAGCUCCUCACCUGCAUGGGAGCCAACGUCGUCUACUGUGGUGCGGUCGGCACUGGACAGGCAGCCAAGAUCUGCAAUAACAUGCUUCUGGCCAUCGGAAUGAUCGGCACGGCGGAGACCAUGAACCUGGGCAUCAGGCUGGGCCUUGACCCCAAGCUGCUGGCCCAGAUCCUCAACAUGUCGUCAGGCCGCUGCUGGUCCAGUGACAGCUACAACCCGGUCCCGGGCGUCAUGGAGGGGGUGCCUUCCGGAAACAACUACCAGGGGGGCUUCGGGACCACCCUGAUGGCCAAGGACCUCGGCCUGGCCCAGAGCACGGCCACCAACACCAAGACGCCCGUCCCCCUGGGCUCCCUGGCCCACCAGAUCUACCGUGUCAUGUGCGCCCGCGGCUACGCUAACAAGGACUUCUCCUCUGUCUUUCAGUUCCUGCGCGAGGAGGAGGGACAGUGAAGGGAAUGGGAGGAGGGGGUUGUUACACACACGCACACACACACACACACAAUGACACACACACACACUUACACUUAGACACACACACACACACCAGAACCUCUCAAGCGUGCACCCUAGCCUCCCCUAUGCUCGGCAGAGGUUCGGGCCUUGCCCCGCGGCAGAGAUCUAUGGUCCAAUUAGCAUAGCGUAUGUAGACACUUGUCCCCGGAUGCUUAAGAUGCACCGGGUUUCUUAAUCCCGGAUCUGCCGCUGCACAGGGAAAUGCUAAAACUGACCUUAGUCCAAUACCCCGAGAAUACUCCCCCGCCAGCUCAGUGCAGUACCAGCGGAGUGUGUGCGUGUGCGUGUGUGCGUGUGUGCGUGUGCGUGUGCGUGGGUGUGGGAGGGUUUAUGUGUGUGCCUGUGUCCAUUCAUGCAUGAACAUUGUGAGUGCAUGUGCCUGUGAAGGGAAAUCUGUGCCGCAAGGGCCGUGCUCGACGCUAUGCAAAUUGACAAGUCAAUUAACGCACACUCGGGUAUUAACGGAAGACUUUAAACACCGGCCUUCGCUUCAGGUGCGUGUUUCAGCGCGGUUCAAGGUUCCGUUUGGAGCCUGUGUGUAUCAAACGAAAUACAUAAAAGUGUAAAACAUAUAUAGUGUUUUAGUUUCCAUCGAAAGCUUUAGAAUUAUUUCAAAGAGCAAUGUUUCUGUCCCCCCCAGUGUUCGCUACGGUUACGUCACUACAGCACCCGACCUCCCCGUCGUUUUGUGACGUGUGUUCAUUUAUGUCUGUUGGUUUCUGAGUGUGUGCUAGCUGGUUUGGCUAACCGCUGCGUCCUUCUCUACGUGUUCACUGUCCACCUACUCACCGCCGGUCCCCACCGGUUUGUUACUUUUCAGGCAAUUUCAGGCACUAUCUUUAUAUAGAAAAAAUACACACACUUACAUUUUUGUAUCUUUUCUAGCAGGUCAAUACGACACUAGUAUGAAGUUCGGGCCAAUAAAUCCUGGCGAAAUACUGUGAAUCAAGUCUUGGUUGGGUUAGCAGGCCACGGGCAAACACAAACAAUAUAAAUACCUCUUUUCUGUAAUCACUACCGUACUUCAGUGUACACUCUCAGUGGAAUCCUGUUUACCAAAGGCUUUAUAACAGUAUCAAUAGUAUUAUCUGUAGUCUGACCUUUCUUCUUCUCGUGAUAAUGUAUAUUUUUUCUUUCGGGUGAAAGCAAGGAAUUUGCGUUCCCUUCUGGCACUUUUUUGAUUCUUUCCUGUUUUGUUGAUGCACCUUUUCCCGUUUGACAUGCAAAGGAACAGACUGUUAUCCAAGGUUGUAGCGUGGACACAUUUCAUUUGUUAGGACUGUCUAUUUAUUUUUGUUGUGAAUUGUCACAUUGGCACAAUGUACUCCAUUUACACAUUUGCCAACAAAAUAAAGUUGUUCCCUAAAUGAAA